AUGGCUCUGAAGAGAAUCCACAAGGAACUCAACGACCUGGCGCAGGAUCCCCCAGCACAGUGUUCAGCAGGUCCUGUCGGGGAAGAUAUGUUCCACUGGCAAGCUACCAUCAUGGGGCCAAAUGAUAGUCCCUAUCAGGGCGGAGCAUUUUUCUUGACAAUUGAUUUCCCAACAGAGUACCCCUUCAAACCACCUAAGGUUGAAUUUACAACAAGAAUUUAUCAUCCAAAUGUUAACAGUAAUGGCAGCAUUUGUCUUGAUAUUCUUCGGUCACAGUGGUCUCCAGCACUAACUAUUUCCAAAGUACUUUUGUCCAUCAGUUCUCUGUUGUGUGAUCCCAAUCCAGAUGAUCCCUUAGUGCCUGAGAUUGCUCAGAUCUACAAAACAGAUAGAGACAAGUACAACAGAACAGCUCGGGAAUGGACUCAGAAGUAUGCCAUGUGA